CAGCAUAAAGAAUUUCUUACCAGCAAAAAGAAGAGUAAAACUGUUCAUAUUGAAUUAGAUGAUGAAGAAACGAACCAACAAGACUCUACCUCCUCUGAUUUGAAUUCAGAAAACUCUGUUGUAGAAAAAGAAAAUACAGAAGCCUCAUCAGUUAAAACUCCUGAUAACAGCAACAAAGAGAACAUCGCUACUGAGAGCAUACAAGCAGAAACUGCUAUGGAAAUUGAAGACUUUAACUUACCAAGAACUCCAAUUAUACUUAUUACAAACAACAAUAAGUCAUAUCUGCAAACUAAAAAUCUUGAAGAAGGAUUCACCACA